AUGCCAUCACCAAGACUUCUUCCCGAAAUAUUAAUAGAGAUAUUAGGUUACUUGAAAAUUCCAUUAUUUCUAGGACUCAAAGAACGACAACACAUAAACUUGCAACCUCUCUAUUCCUGUCUUUGCGUAUCUAAACAAUGGUACACUAUUGUUGCGCCGCUAUUAUGGGAUCAGCCAUUCAGUUAUAUAGGUUAUGAAUCUGAAAAGGAUAAAUUACUGCUUGUUAACGUCUACCUUGAAUUCAUUUCUCAAUUGGAUCGCGAGAAUAUUGAGGCGACUGGAAUCACAUUUCCCAAAAAUUUUCGACAACCAUACCUUCAUUAUCCGUCAUUUCUCAAGAAUAUGCAUUACGGUGUUCUAUUGGAUGCCGUGCAAUUGUGGUGUCAAAAAAAUUCGGAGAAGACAAUGAAACCAUCGUCUGUUACAAUGACUCUAGAAACUAUAUUGAAGUUAUUUUCUAAGAGUGAUGGAGUGUUGACGCACAUGUCAGCUACUUUCGGACCAAGAAAGAAAGGAGUGUGCAUGUAUCCUGUAUUGAAGGAAGCAGAAAUUGCGGAAUUGGUUAAAUCGGUAAAAUUUCUUUAUAUCGGAGGAUGGGCCAAAAAAGCAGAACUUUUCGAAAUGUUGGCAAAUAAUUGCCAAAAUUUGCAAGUCUUAAAAAUCUCGAUUAUUCACGCUCCAACUGAUUCCCACAGAACCAGUGAAAUUACAUGCAAUAAUUUAGCAUCACUCAUCCGUAAUCAAAGGCACAUUACCGAAUUCGAGUUGGCCGAUUGCCUUGAUCACAUCGAUGCUGUGAUGGAAGCAUUAAGCAUUCGGAGCGCAACUCUGACUAAAUUAUCUUUCAAAAAAUGUUCCUUUAGUGGGUGUCGUAAAUGGGAGGGAUUCAGCAAUUGCACAGGUCUAAAGUCAUUCGUGAUUUCAAGAUGUUUCUUGGAUAACGACGAUGAAACCAUAUUUGAUACAAUUCCCUUUGAAAAACAUAUGCAGACUGACGCUGCUG